AUGGUCGCUUUUGGGUUACGGCGGUUAAAUGCUACCUCGAGGCGACAAAUCUACCUGAUGGCCCGGCGGCUGUCCCGUCGCCAGGUACUUGGCCAUUUGCUUCGGGUCAUCGUUUCUCUCCUCUUCCUACUACCGAAUAACCUCAUCCUUUCUGUGGCACUGAGUGUUAGGUGUCUUUCCUGGUUCUUUCCAUGCUCAGCACUACGCCGAAGGCAGGGCAUACUGCAAGACGUGCGAUUCCGCCCAAAGACCGUCCUCAUCACUGGAUUGGAUACCCCCCAUGGCCUGCAUAUCGCACGGUGCUGGUAUAGUGAAGGCCAUCGGGUAGUGGGAGCAGAUGUCGCGGAGGCAAGAUUUGCGUCCGGAGGGAGCUUAUCCAAGGCGCUGGUGGCCCACUACCGCCUUUCCAAGUCGCAGUAUGUCUCUAGGUUGCUAGAUAUUGUGCUGAGAGAAAAAGUGGAUAUAUGGAUCCCAUGCGCGCAAGAUGCCUCUGCCGUUGAAGACGGCAUGGCGAAGCAAGCAAUUGAGAGCAGAACGAGCUGCAGAUGCGUAACUCUCGAUCCCGAGUUGGCGUCUCAAUGGAGCCGGUCCGAGUCGUUCGUCCAGUAUCUCAUCGAUCAUGGCCACCCAAUAGUCGAAACCCAUGAGGUCCAUUCCCGAGACUCUAUACACAAGAUCCUGCAUCGGUCGCCUACCAAAGUGUAUCAUCUACGCAAAACAACGCCUGUGGCCAACACGGAAACUAUUAUUGUCCUACCGAAAAAGACCCUGAGCUCAACAUAUUCGGAAGUCAGCAGAAUUCAGGUCACUAAGGACAGUCCCUGGAUUAUGCAACAACAUGUGCGGCUAGGAGAGUUUAUUGCAGACGUGUUGACAAUACGCGGCCAUGUCGCUGUUCUCGUGCUCCGCUCAGCCAGUCGAGGUUCGGAAUGGGGUAGUUCACGCCUGAAUGAAGGGAUUGCGGCGGCAGCGCAUCAGGUUGUGGACAAGUUCGCAUCUGAGGGUGGUUCUCGAGUGACCGGACAUUUCCAAAUGAGGUUGGUAGUAGAUGAACAGUUGCAUCUUAACUCAGUGCGCUACGAGGUGUACAUUGCAGGCUGUACGCAAGGCGCAGCUACUAUCGCAGAUCUCCUGCAACAAACGCCAGCACACACCUUGGUCGAUCGAUACUUGGCAGUAUUAGAAGAUGCCUUAAAGACUUCAGAAAAUGGCUUCACCCACCCUGAAGUCGGUCCAAAGAUGCUGUCGCGACCGUCGACUGUAUAUCAGGCGAUUACAAACCAUGACGCUCGCAAGGCACUUACCGCAUUAAAUCAAAUUGCUAAGCAAAUCAAUUGGACUUUGGAUAGAGCAGGAAAGUUCAUGCUGUUCUGGGCAAACUGGCGAUUCUCGAUCAUCGAUCCUCUGCCUUGGUGGUGGCAUAUCCAUGUUUACCGGCCAUUGACGGAGCUCGAGUUGAUGUUAGGGUUUUCCAAGCGAGCUUAG